UAUUAUAAUUAACCCUUUAUUUUACGUCUACCUCUACGAUCAAAGGGCGCCAUCUUGCUUUUAAAUUUGUGAUUUGUGUCUUUGUCUCAGACAGCAGAGGUUUGUUCCUCCUUUGUAGAAGUCAAUGGCUAGUCAUAAAAGCGGAGGUGGUAUUGGUCAGCCCCUCCACUGGUCUGAGAGGGAGAGAAGGCUCUGGAUACUAGUAUUAUUUAUAUGUUCAAUACUUAUUUAUGCUGCCAGGUCCUCCCUCUCUGUAUCUAUAGUUGAAAUGGCCUCAGAAUUUGAUUGGAAUAAAAGAACGUGUGGUAUCAUUCUCUCCUCAUUCUUCUGGGGUUACAGUGCUACUCAGGUGAUAGGAGGACAGUUAGGUGAUAAAUAUGGUGGAGAGCUAGUACUGUGGACAUCAGCAUUGGUUUGGGGUGGGGCAGUUCUAUCAAUAUCUAUUGUAGCUAGUAUAUCAACCACUUUAGUAUUUGUAGCUCACCUCACUAAUGGACUUAGUCAAGGUGUGUAUUUCCCUGCUAUUGCUAGUUUAUUGACCACUAGAGUAUCUGAUGAGAAUAGAAGCUUUGUGAAUGGACUGAUACAUGCUGGACCACAACUGGG